GCCGCACGCCGCAUCAAGAGACAGAAAAGAUAUUUUUGUAUGCGAGUUUGAAGGUUGUGUGUCGCUCUCUCCGUGGUGUCUCCAAAUACAUAGAAGCCAGAAUUAGGGUUUCUCCAUCUUCCCUUUCCAAUAUUCCUUCCUUCCAAUUCAGGGUUUUAAUAAAUCUCUCAAGUUUCAAGAAUACAGAUACAGGGUUUGAUUAGGGUUUUUCUAUUUCUAUCGAGGGUUUUGAUUUGGGCAACUAAGGACACGAAGGAAGAAAAGGGCUUUCUUUUGGAGUGGUUUUUUUCCCCUUGUUUGUGAUUGACUAUGCGAGCUUCAUGGGCUGAUUUGGCUGCGAAUACUGCAGCUGAGAACGCAGGUGCUGGUACUUCAGCCAAUAAUGCUGGAACUGGUAACAGUUUACCUCCUUCAAGGUCUACUUAUGUGCCUCCGCAUCUGAGGAACCGGCCGCCUUUGGCUGAAUCACCUGCUCCUCCGUAUAGUGGCAGUACAACUUCUGGUUCUGGGGCUGGUACAGCUAAUGCUGGAUCACGUUGGGUUGCACCUCGUGCUGAGUACCGUUCUGGGGUUGGCGGCAGUGGUGGCCGAGGAAGUGCAUGGGGGAACAGAAGUGGGGGUUGGGAUCGCGGAAGGGACCGUGAGGUCAAUCCAUUCGGAGAUCAGGAUGAUACGGAGCAAGCAUUUAAUGAGCAAGAGAACUCGGGGAUAAAUUUUGAUGCCUAUGAGGACAUUCCGGUGGAGACAAGCGGGGAUAAUGUGCCACCACCUGUGAAUACAUUUGCUGAAAUUGACUUGGGUGAAGCGCUUAAUCUUAAUAUAAUGAGGUGCAAAUAUGUUAAGCCGACGCCUGUUCAACGGCAUGCCAUACCAAUUUCCCUCGCUGGAAGGGAUUUGAUGGCCUGUGCACAGACUGGUUCUGGAAAGACAGCUGCUUUCUGUUUCCCAAUUAUCAGUGGAAUUUUGAGGGGCCAACCUGUGCAAAGGCCACCUCGCGGGGUGCGUACAGUUUAUCCACUUGCCCUUGUUCUCUCACCAACUAGGGAGCUAUCAAUGCAAAUACAUGAAGAGGCUAGGAAGUUUGCAUAUCAAACAGGGGUUAAGGUGGUUGUUGCUUAUGGCGGAGCUCCAAUAAACCAUCAGCUACGAGAUCUUGAGAAGGGGGUGGACAUUCUCGUCGCCACUCCUGGAAGACUGGUAGAUUUGCUGGAGAGAGCUAGAGUUUCACUUCAGAUGAUCAGAUAUCUUGCACUAGAUGAGGCAGAUAGGAUGCUGGAUAUGGGUUUUGAGCCACAAAUAAGGAAGAUUGUUGAACAAAUGGAUAUGCCCCCUCCAGGUGUAAGACAGACUAUGCUAUUCAGUGCCACAUUUCCUAAAGAGAUACAGAGACUAGCCUCCGAUUUCCUGUCAAGAUACAUUUUUCUCGCUGUUGGAAGAGUUGGGUCAAGUACCGAUUUAAUUGUCCAGAGAGUCGAGUAUGUUCAGGAGUCUGACAAGAGAAGUCAUCUUAUGGACCUUCUUCAUGCACAGAGAGCAAAUGGUGUUCAAGGAAAGCAAGCUUUGACAUUAGUUUUUGUGGAGACAAAGAAGGGAGCCGAUGCACUGGAACAUUGGUUGUGCAUGAAUGGUUUUCCAGCUACUACUAUUCAUGGAGACAGGACCCAGCAGGAAAGAGAAAUGGCGUUAAGGUCAUUUAAGAGUGGGAACACACCCAUAUUGGUUGCCACUGAUGUCGCUGCACGUGGUCUUGAUAUUCCUCAUGUUGCCCAUGUGGUUAACUUUGACCUUCCAAAUGAUAUUGAUGACUAUGUACACCGGAUUGGAAGGACAGGACGUGCUGGAAAGAAAGGCCUCGCAACUGCGUUCUUUAAUGACAACAAUGCCUCCCUUGCAAGAUCUUUAGCAGAACUAAUGCAGGAAGCAAAUCAAGAAGUGCCCGCAUGGCUCUCACGGUAUGCUGCUCGAUCUUCAUUUGGAGGUAGGAACCGUCGUUCGGGAGGAGGGCGUUUUGGUGGCCGAGACUUUCGAAGAGAUGGUUCUUUCAAUAGGGGUGGUUCUGAUUACUACAAUGCUGUAAACAGCAGUGGUGGAUAUGGGGCAUCUGGUGGAUAUGGUGGAGCAUAUGGUCCCGGGGCAUCCAGUGCAUGGGAUUGAUUACCACCACCCAAUAGACUAUACAUAGAGAUUAGGUGCGGAUGUACACCCAUAGAAUGAUUUUUCUCCCCUCCCCCACUUUUUAAUUCUUUUAAAUUUCUUGUCUUCAAUUUACUCUUGCCCUUCUAGUAUCCUAGCCAUCAUUGUUUUGAACAGUUAUGCUAAUCAUCGAGGGAGACGGUGGUGUAGCGGUAAUUAUUACCACAUCAAUAGGGGGUUGUAAAAUGUUGAUUGGUGUUAGUAAUGGCGGUGGCUAACAUAUUAGGAGUUUCUUUUUACAUCUUUAUCAUUAUGGGCAGUAAGUUUGGUGGGGGAUUGUUUGUAGAGCAUGCAGUGGGGAGCUUUACAUGCAGUCGAAUCUGUUUUCCUACACAAUAUAUGUUUGCCAUUUUAACAUUCCCUACUCAGUUGAGGCGAAGUUUUGUUGUAUCGGUGGUGGCUGAAAUGAGUGGAAGAUGAUUUCAGGGUUGACAUUGAUCUUACUAUUGCUGAUUAGUACUCGUUGACGUUCAAGGUUUGGAUUUAAUAUAUUUAGCUUAUGCUUGGUUGGAUUGA